AAGAAGAAGAAGAGCGCAGAAGAAGAAGAAGAAAAUAAAAAUAAAGAAGAAGAAAAAGAGGAAGCAGGGAAGAGUUUGUCAUCUUCUGGAACAUUCUGAAGAAGAGGAAUAAACUGAUAAUAUUUCACUCUUUGGACAUUUGAACAUUUUUCGUCUUGUUGUUGCUCUCCGAGUCCCGCAGGGAGGUGCUGAUGGGCAGCCUGGCUGUUUGGGUGGCGGUCCUGGCCGCCUUGUCGGGCUGCUGCCAGGCUGGAGGACACACAAGCCACCUGGAAGCGGAACCAACAAUAACGACGGUGAAGGGGAAGGCGAACACCAGCAUGGAUCAAUCAUCCCCCGACCCUGACGGCGGUGCCUGCCGGAGGACCUACUGCGGCCGCGGCCGCCAGUGCGUCCUGAUGGCGGGCAGCGGGCGGGCCGAGUGCGUCUGCCAGGAACAGUGCCGGCCCUCCUUCGUGCCGGUGUGCGGCUCGGACGGACGCUUCUACGAAAACCACUGCGAGGUUUACAGGAGCGCCUGCCUGGAGAGGAGGCGGAUCUACGUGGUGCACAGCAAGGACUGCUUCUUCAAAGGCAACGCUUGCACCAUGUCAGAGUACAACCGUCUGAAGAGCACGCUGAUGGACAUGAAGACCACGGCCCGGAACGCCGGCGAGUGGAACCAGCAGAGGAACAUGGAUGAGAAGAGGGUGCUGGCGGAGACCAUGUUCAAAUACCUGGACAUGGACCGAGAUGGACGACUGGUCAGCGAGGAGCUCGAGAAGAUCUCCACCAAGGAGCACCUGGACGACGGCGUGCUGCGCUGCACCAUGCAGGACCUGCUGCGCUACGACGACUACAACAACGACGGACACCUCAGCCUUCACGAGUUCUACACCGCUUUCCAGGUUGUCCAGCUGAGCCUGGCGGAGGACCAGCGGGUCAGCGUUUCCACGGUGACGGUGGGCCUCAGCGCCGUCCUGACCUGCGCCAUCCAGGGGACCCUGCGCCCGCCCGUCAUCUGGAAGAGGAACGGCAUCGUUCUCAACUUCCUGGACCUGGAGGACAUUAAUGACUUUGGGGAUGAUGGGUCGCUGUACAUCACCAAGGUGACAACCAUCCACAUGGGGAACUACAGUUGCCAUGCCUACGGCUACGAGGACCUCCGCCAGACGCACGUGCUGCAGGUCAACGUCCCUCCGGUGAUCCUGGUCUACCCGGAGACGCAGGCCCAGGAGCCCGGCGUGUCUGCCAGCCUGCACUGCCACGCCGACGGCAUCCCGGACCCCAAACUGCAGUGGCUGAAGAACGGCGCCGACCUGCAGCCUCGCUCCUCCAAGCAGCUUUCUCUCCUCGCGAACGGCAGCGAGCUGUUCAUCGGCAGCGUGCGCUACGAGGACACGGGCGCCUACACCUGCCUGGCCAAGAACGAGGUGGGCGUGGACGAGGACAUCUCCUCCUUGUUUGUGGAGGACUCGGCCAAGAAGACGCUUGCCAACAUUCUGUGGAGGGAAGAAGGUCUGAGCGUGGGAAACAUGUUCUACGUGUUUUCCGACGAGGGCGUGACCAUCCUGCAGCCCGGCCAGUGUGAGAUCCACAGACAAAUGAAAAGGACAGAGAGGAUCGUGGCGACAUACGAGGAAAUGUGCCCUAGCGGCGAGGGUGCGGCCCCCCCGCGCUGCGUGUGGUCGUCGGCGGUCAACGUUCGAGAGAAGUACAUCUACGUGACCCAGCCGCUCCACAGCCGCCUCCUGGUGCUGGACAUUCAGGCACAGCGGGUGGUGCAGGCAAUAGCCACGGACGCCUUCCCUGUCAAGACGCUGUACGACAAGUCACAUGACCAGGUGUGGCUGCUGGCUUGGGGGGACAUGGACAAGACGCACCCCACCCUGCAGGUGAUCCCUCAAGCCAGCGUCGGAGAAGCCCAUCACGCCAUGCGCACCCCCUUCCAGCGGGUCGACGACUUCUUCAUCCCGCCGACCAACCUCAUCAUCACUCAUGUGAGGUUCGCCUUCAUCUUCCUCAAAGACGAGCCUGCCGUCCACAAGGUGGACCUGGAGACCUUCCGCCGCGUGAAGACGAUAAGCUUGAAGAACCACAGCUGCGUGCCGGCCGGCAUGGCGUACACGCACCUGAGCGGCGUCUACUUCGUCCAGUGCCGGACCGGAGGACGCCCGCGGGCUCCGCCCCUGCUCCUCAUCGACAGCGUGACCGACGCCGUCAUCGGGCCUAACAUCAUCGCCGGCGACCGCGCCUUCGUGUCGCCGGACGGCCGCUACAUCGUGACGUCCGACCCCGGCGCCGCCAAACUGCGAGUCCAGACGGUGUCGUUCCAGGGCGAGCUGAGUCUGAAACAGGAAUUGGACGACCCCGUCGUCGUGUCGGACCUCAUUUUCCAGCCGUCCUUCGCCGAGUCCAACAGAUACGUGGCGGUGGCAUCCUCGGACUCCACCACGGACCUCCUCUUCGCCGAUCUAUCCUCGGGUCACACCGAGGUCCUCCGGGGCCUCAAGGAGCCCCUGGACCCUCAGACCUGGCCCUGGGGGGGUCCUCACAGGGUGGUGGUCUCCAGCGGCUUGUUCGGACAGUACCUCCUCACCCCGUCGGCCCGGUCCCUCUUCAUCCUGAACGGCAAGCAAAGAACGCCGCACUGCGAGGUGUCGGACAUCAAGAGGGGGAACACGGUGGUCUGGGUGGGCGAGGUAUGAGCUAAAAGAAAAAAAAACUAAAAAAAAAACCUAGGUUUGAGUAUUUCCCGGAUUCCCGCGGUCGUGGACUCAAGCUGGGGACUGAGCGAGGAAAGGGGUUUGGAGUUGAUGUUUAAAAAAAACAAAAAACGAAUAGAGUAAAUUGUUGUGAUGUUCCUGCUGGAAGAAAGUGUCAAUGGCGUCCAGUCCAGUAACUCCAGAAUUGUACAUUAUUGCACUUCUUCCAUCACAGCAAAGUAGGUACCUUGGUUACCAAAACCGCAAACUAUGCACAACGCUCACUUUUUUUAGACAGGGGGGAAAAAAAAAAAAAAAAAAAAUAGCUUUCCAAUCCCUUUUGUGUUUUUGGUCGUCUUCACCGUUGCUGCGUUUGAUAGCCACCCAUAAACUGGGGCAAAAAAAAAUAUUUAGUCAGCCACAGAUUGUGCAAGUUCUCCCACUUCAAAUGAUGACAGAGGUCUGUAAUUUUCAUCAUAGGUACACUUCAACUGUGAGAGACAGGAUGUGAAAAAAAAAUCACAUUGUUAGAAUUUUAAAGAAUUUAUUUGUAAAUUAUAGCAGGAAAUAAGUAUUUGGUCAACCAUUCAAAGCUCUCACUGAUGGAAGGAGGUUUUGCCUCAAAAUCUCACAAUAUAUGGCUCCAUUCGUUCUUUCCUUAACACGGAUCAAUCGUCCUGUCCCCUUUGCAGAAAAACAGCCCCAAAGCAUGAUGCUUCCACCCCCAUGCUUUACAGUAGGUAUGGUGUUACUGGGAUGCAACUCAGUAUUCUUCUUCCUCCAAACACGACAAGUGGAGUUUGUACCAGAAAGUUCUAUUUUGGUUUAAGAUAUUUGAAGUGCUCCCCCUCUGGUCAACAUAUGAAAUAACAAGUGUGUUUAAAAUAUUUGAAGUGCUCCCCCUCUGGUCAACAUAUGAAAUAACAAGUGUGUUUAAAAUAUUUGAAGUGCUCCCCCUCUGGUCAACAUAUGAAAUAAGUCAGUGUAAACAUUUGAAGUGAAGUGAAGUGAAGUGAAUUAUAUUUAUAUAGCGCUUUUUCUCUAGUGACUCAAAGCGCUCUACAUAGUGAAACCCAAUAUCUAAUUUUUACAUUCAAACCAGUGUGGGUGGCACUGGGAGCAGGUGGGUAAAGUGUCUUGCCCAAGGACACAACGCCAGUGACUAGGAUGGCUGAAGCGCGGAUCGAACCUUCAACCCUCAAGUGUGCUGGCACGGCCGCUCUACCAACCGAACUAUACCAGCUAUAAAGUGUUCCCCCUUUGGUCAACAUAUGAAAUAACAAGUGUGUUUAGAAUAUUUGAAGUGCUCCCCCUCUGGUCAACAUGUGAAAUUAGUUUGUGUAAACAUUUGAAGUGUUCCCCCUUUGGUCAACAUAUGAAAUAACAAGUGCUUGUGCAAAUUUGAAAUCCUUCCCCCUCUGGUCAACAUAGGAAAUAACAAGUUUGUGUACAAAUUUGAAGUCCUCCCCCUCUGGUCAACUUAUGAAAUAACAAGUGUGUUUAAAAUAUUUGAAGUGCUCCCCCUCUGGUCAACAUAUGAAAUAAGUUUGUGUAAACAUUUGAAGUGUUCCCCCUUUGGUCAACGUAUGAAAUAACAAGUGCUUGUGCAAAUUUGAAGUGCUUCCCCCUCUGGUCAACAUAUGAAAUAACAAGUUUGUGUACAAAUUUGAAGUUCUCCCCCUCUGGUCAACAUAUGAAAUAACAAGUGUGUGUAGGACAUUUGACGUGCUCCCCCUCUGGUCUUUUGAUUGAGUGAUUGAUUGAUUGAUACUUUUAUUAGUAGAUUGCACAGUACAGUACAUAUUCCCUACAAUUGACCACUAAAUGGUAACACCUGAAUAAGUUUUUCAACUUGUUUAAGUCGGGGUCCACGUUAAUCAAUUCAUGGUAAACAAAUGAAAUAAGUGUGUGUGAGAAAUUGAAAUGCACCCCCUUUGGCCACAAUUAACAAAAUAAAUAACAUUAAAAUUUAUAUAGAGACAUACUGUAAUAAAGAAGUAAAUAAUGAAGAUUAAAAAAACAAUUACAAACAUUAAAAUUAAAUAAGUGACUAAAAGUAGUAUUUUUGUCACAAUGUGUCAGCUUUUUUAUCGUAAAAUUGGGAACAAUUUCUCAUAUUCUUUCUGUUUUUGUUAUAUCGCAGAAUUUUCUUGUAAAAUUAUUAAUUUUUUUCUGUAAAAUGAUUGCUUUUUACUGCAAAAUGGUGACGUGUCUUAUAAAAUUCAAAUUUUUUCACAACGUUCAUCUGACCACAUGACAUUCCCCCAAUCCUCUGCUGUAUCAUCCAUGUAUCCAUUUUGGUAUAAACUCAACUCGUCGUGUUUGGAGGAAGAAGAAUACUGAGUUACAUCCCAAGAACACCA